ACACGCCUCAUGCGCGACACGAUUCCUUAGACCCUACAGCCCACCGCCUUUCUGUUGCUGCCCACCGGUACAUGGGGCCGCGUAGAGUAGUCGUAAUUGCCCAGCGCGCCCAGCCCGAGUCGUCACCAGCCCGCCUCCGAGCAGCUUCACGACACACGCGCCCGACUUGAUCACCGCCCUCGAUCCCUACCAUUCUUCGUAACCUCUCACUCCGCCGCCCCGCCAGCCCUUCAACACGCCUUCCUCUCGCUUCCUCUUGACCGUCGCCACUUUCAGCCUCGCCCCGAACCCCGCCGACCCCGGAGAGCGCCCCGCUUGCCCCAGACAUCACCGUCGACGACCGCCCGACCCUGCGACGCUGGGCGCUGCAGCAUUGACUGGAGCGCACUGAUUCUUCGAUACCACCUAUCAUGUCAACGCUCGCCUCCUCUUGAUUGCUUUCUUGUCUUGAAGUCUUCGCACAUGCGCCGAAUCGCCGCCCGCCAUGAACGGAUAUAGGCCAACAUCGAGCGGCUUGGGCUCGGGCACGAGUGCAAAUGGAGCCUAUGCUGGUGCCUCCAGCAACCCGCCGCGAACCAUGCCACACAUUUCAGACCUUAAGGCCCGCGCCGAAAGCCGACUCCAGCAAGCACCGCCGUCGGUUGGCCCUCUGCUCCAGAUGGCCGAGCAAUCCACCAAGCAAAUAGACACACUCCUCGACCUUCGUCGCCCGGAUUUCGCAUACAUCGAAUAUCUGGUCGCUUCGGAGAUUGUCUUCAAUCGCGUACCUUACCACAAAGAUGCGCCGAUCUUCAAAGGGGACAGGGCAAGUCAAUACAACUUGCACAAAAGCAUGGCAAAGCAUCUUUCGGAGAAAGCGGAUAGGUUUGCCAGCAUCAAAGAAAUAAUUAUAAACGACAACAAGAGAAGCGGUGUCCAGCCGACUGUUACAGUCAAGGGGUCUAGCGAUGGACAUGCCAGGUUUGCAAGCAUGUCUGCGGCCGCCCCAGCCAAGGUCCCGAUCCCUACCAACCCGCGGUACUCGAUGAAGGACGAACUUUUCCUUGACAACGGUACCAAUGGCUCGGGAUCUUCCCCACGUAUGUCAAUUGAUGCUUCUUCCAGCCUUUCGGGCAGAUCGACGCCAUUCCGGGCGGAUUCGCCGCGGCCCAGAUCUGAUAUUCAACGAAAGCCGGUUCCCGGGCCACCUUCUGGACUAUCAUCGCAAGGUGAUGCUCUGAGCGAGCGUUUCGCGCGUCUUCGCGUGGCGGGCGAGAGUCGAUCCAGACAGGGGUCUGUCCAAAUGCCGAGCCCAGAGGAUUUCAAUGGCAUGGUCCCGGGACCUGGAAAGUUAUUGGGACCUCGGGAAAUGCGGCCAGGGGCUUUUACUCCCCCAGCACACCCGCCGAAGUUGCCAUUGAAUACUCAAAUUCCACCUUCAAUGUUGAAAGAACCAAGUCCAACGUACAGUCCAGCGAGGAAUAUGGCUACCCCCGCAAGCAUAAACCCUCCGCGCAGCACACCACGAAGCAUGGUACGGCAAAACUCCUUCCCUGCUUCAGGCAUGUCUCCGCAAACCACCGGUUCCAAUGGCGACCCCGAUCCGUCUGUAUCACAACACGCUAGCCAACCUCCGCGAGUGAUCCGUAGGAAGUCGGUUCACGCGCCCAGAGAGUUUCAAAUCAGUGCAGAGAAGCUCUACGACUACUUGAAACCGUAUAAUGUCCUGCUGAUAGAUGUUCGGAAUCGCGAGGAGUUCGACGAUGGCCAUGUUUUUGUUAACUCGAUUAUGUGUAUCGAACCGACCGCCCUACGACCCGAAAUGUCUGCCGAGCAAUUGCAGGAAGCUUUGGUUCUGUCACCAGAUGUCGAACAGGCCAUGUUCGAGCGCCGCAACGAAUUCGACCUUGUAGUGUAUUACGACCAAGCGACUCCUUCGGCAGACUUCCUCAACAAGCAUACUCGUACUGCACAGGAGGAUACAUUGAAAUGUCUGUACGACUCAUUGUAUGAGUUCAACGAGGAUAAACCAUUGCAACGGCCUCCGAUUUUGUUAAUGGGUGGGCUGGAUGCAUGGGCCGAUCUUUUGGGUACGGGCGCCCUGAAGACGUCAAACACUACCGCAAUUGUAUCAGAUCAACAGAACGGAAAGGCUGGAAGGCCCAUUCGGCGCGUCCCCGUGGCAAGUAACGGCUCAAAAUUCUAUUUACAGAAGAAGAGACUGCGCGAUUACAACCCAUUGGAGCCAGAGGAGGAGAAAAAGUGGUUAGAAAAGGCCAGGGGUGAACGGCCAGAACGGCCCCCAGCCGCGGAGGAAGAUGAAGAGGAAAUUGUCGAUGAAGAAGUCCCAUAUUUCCGAACGACCGAGGAAUUUAUGCGGCGCUUCCCAGAGGCGUCCGCGAUCGAGCCGCAGUCGAUGAUGCCACCCGCUCGUCAACCACCAUCUAGGCCUGCACCGUUACCCAACUACCCACUUCCUUCGGUUCCUACAAUUCCUUCUCGGCCACCUCCUGCGGCUUCACGACCUAGCUACAACGGUGUCCAUGAUAGGAAUUACCCUGCACAUCAUGCAGUCACCGCUCGGACCUCUCAACUUCCUUCUUACUUCCCCCCGAGCCAACUUCCUCAAAACGUCCGGCUUCCGAGGACAGGGCUCAUCAACUUUGGCGUUACAUGCUACAUGAAUGCCACUAUUCAAUGUCUGAAUGCUACGUUGAUGAUGACCAGAUACUUCCGCGACAACAGCUUUACAAAAUGCAUCCAGAGGCAGAAUUGGCGCGGAUCGCGCGGUCUCAUGUCAGAGAACUACGCAACACUCAUCCAAAACAUGUGGCAAGAGAAUAAAGGACCGUGUCGGCCGAAGACACUACGAGAACUCUGUGCACGAAUCAACAAAGAAUGGGGUCUCGACCGUCAACAGGAUGCCAAAGAGUUUUUUGACUUCCUCAUUGACAUGCUUCAUGAGGACCUAAACAUCUCGUGGGCUCAUCCGCCGGCACAAGCCCUGACCGAAGAGGAAGAAGCGCGUCGCGAACGUCUUCCUAAACCCUACGCCGCACACAUCGAAUGGCGUCGCUGGUCCAUGCGGGAAAAGAGUCCCAUCAGCGAGCUCUUUGGCGGACAGCAUGCCUCUCGCCUGCGCUGCACCACAUGCCACUUUACCUCGACCACCUUCGAGACCUUUUACAGCAUUUCGGUCGAGAUCCCCCACUUGCAUUCGGGCACGUUGAACGAUUGCCUCCGUUCGUAUUGCGCCGAGGAAAAGCUUUCAGGCGACGAAGUUUGGCGCUGCCCUCGGUGCAAGAAAGAGCGCGAAGCGACGAAGCAAAUCAAGCUAACGCGAGCACCACACUACCUCGUCAUUCACUUCAAGCGCUUCAGCGCGUCGCACACGGAGCGGGCGCGCAAAGUUCGGACGCCGAUAGACUUCCCGCUGCAAAACCUCGACAUUACGCCGUUUAUGCUGCCGUCGCUGACUCCGGCGGAAGAGGAAUACCUCGUUACGCAGCGUGGGGCGGCGCAGGAUGUGAAGUCGCUCAAGAAGGAUGAUAAGAUGGUGCCGCCGUACCGGUACAAUGCGUACGCGGUAAUGCGGCACCAGGGCAACACGCUGACGAGUGGGCAUUACAUCGCUAUGGUGCGCGACAAGGCGCGUGGCUGCUGGUGGCAGUUCAACGACAGCCGGGUCAGCGAGUUCCAGCCGGAGCGGCUACCGCCGGCCGAGUCACUGCAGAACGAGAUGGCGUAUAUAGUAUUUUAUGAGCGGGAACAGCGGUACUAGAAGGGGAGGAGAAGCGGGUGAUGCGGGAGUGGGGGAGCAAGAAACGGACUUGGGACUUGUAGACGACGAGCGUGGAACGGGCAUUGAGUUGACACGAAAUGAAUGAUACCUCGGCGGUUGGACGACGGUGACGACGGCAUGCGAUGGCGAGCUAGGUGGUUUUGGGUGGCGGUUGGCAGUUAGAUACUACUUUUUUUGUGCAAGACGACGCGGGGUGAUUAGCUCGGAGGGCGAAGAAAAUGAAACCAAAAUGCUCUGAUC